AUGGAUGCGCCCGACUCAAUCCCACUCCACCAGUUCAUGAUUAAUGAGUCCUACGGCCGGCAACCACUCGACAAGUCCCGAAACCCAUUCACCUGCGGAUUGACUGGUCGAACCCACACCACCGCAGAACUACACCACCGCUCCGAGUACCUCGCUCGUGCUCUGGCGAAGCGCACCGGAUGGGCCCCCAACGAUGACUUGACUCCCUGGGACAAGGUCGCGGCCAUCUUCUCCAUCAACACCAUCGACUACAUCAUACCCGCCUACGCCGCGCACAAACUGAAUGGCAUCGUCACCCCCGCCAACGCUGCUUAUGCCGCAGAUGAGCUCGAGCACCAACUCCGGAGCUCCGGCACCGGCGUAGUCUUCACGUGCGUCUCGCUUCUGGGCACAGCUCUCAAAGCUGCCGAUGCCGCCGGGCUCAAGAGGGACAGGGUGUUUUUGCUGCCGACGGUGGGCGACGAGGCCGCCGUGGCGCAGGCGCCCUUCCCGACCAUCGAGGACCUGAUAGCCGAGGGCAAACAGCUGCCGCCGCUGGAGCCGAUCAAAUGGAUCAAGGGCCAAGGAAAAAGGCAGGUGGCCUUUAUCAAUUACAGCAGCGGGACCUCGGGACUUCCCAAGGCCGUGAUGAUUUCCCACCACAACAUCAUCGCCAACAUCAUUUCGCAUGUGGCCUACGAGUCGGUGGCCCGAAAACAAAAGGGCAUCGAGACGCAGGUGGAGCUGGGUCUGCUGCCCAUGAGCCACAUUUACGGGCUCGUCGUGGUGGCACACAUGGCCACCUGGCGCGGCGACGAGAUCAUUGUGCUGCCCAGGUUCGAGCUCAAGACUUACCUCGACGCCAUCCAGAGGUUCCGCAUCGAGCAGCUGAUAGUCGUGCCGCCCAUGAUCAUCGCCAUGCUGCAACAGGCCGACGUGUGCGCCAAGUACGACUUGUCGAGCGUGCGCUUCGUGUUCUCCGGGGCGGCCCCGCUGGGCGAGGAGACCAUUGCCGAGCUGGCAAAGACGUACCCCAAGUGGAUCGUUGCGCAGGCCUAUGGGUGCACCGAGAGUGCGGUCGUGGUCUGCUCCAGCAGCGAGCACGAUGUCAUGACCAAGUCUUCUGGGUCCCUGGUGCCUGGCAUCCGCGCCAAGCUUGUGGAUCCCGUGUCUGGCAGGGAGAUUACUGAGCACGACAAACCAGGCGAGAUUUGGGUCCAGUCCCCGUCUAUUGUGCUCGGCUACCUGAACAACGAAAAAGCCACGGCCGAGACUUUUGUCCACGAUGCAGACGGCCGCUGGCUCCGCACAGGCGACGAAGUUUAUGUGACCAAAUCGCCACAAGGCCAUGAGCACAUCGUCAUCGUCGAUCGCAUCAAGGAGCUCAUCAAGGUCAAGGGCCACCAGGUGGCGCCGGCCGAGCUCGAGGCGCACAUCUUGACGCACCCGGCCGUGUCGGACGUGGCCGUCACUCAGGUGCCGGACGAGCGGGCGGGCGAGGUUCCCAAAGCGUUUGUGGUCAAGUCGCCAGAGUACAAGGACACCUCGGACGAGGAGAUGGCCAGGCUGGUUACCAAGCACGUGGCUGACCACAAGGCAUCGUACAAGUGGAUCAAGGGCGGCGUGGAGGUCAUGGACGCCAUCCCCAAGAGUCCCAGUGGUAAGAUCCUGAGGAGGCUGCUGAGGGAUCGGGAGAGGGAACGGAGGAGAAAGGAGGGUGCCAAGAUUUAA